AUGGACGGCAAAACUUACAAGCUACGUGCCUCUUGCAACGCCUGCAACGAGUCCAAAGUACGUUGCAGCCAGACGAAACCAACCUGCGCUCGAUGCGAGAGAAACAAGACAACCUGUGUCUAUGGCUUGUCCCGUCGGACUCACAAAGAUGCGCCCCCGAUUUCCAUGCCGCAUUCGCACUCACACUCGCAUUCGAGUUCACACUCAAAUUCGCAUUCCGGGUCGAGACGCUCCUCGGUACACAUCCCAAACGCUAAUGCUACCGCUACGACUACCGCCAAUUACACCGGAACCACCACGCCAUUUAUGCCACUAAGCGAAAAUCCUAUGACAUCCUAUCCCCCGCAGCCGAGCGUUGACCAGUUCUUUGCACAACAACAGCCGCACCACCAGCAACCCUCCACAGCAGGCCCAGGCCCAGGGAUACUCUCACCUACCAACCUCGAUCUCCCCAGCUUUAUGACGCCCCUCCCAACGCCAAACGAAGACCACACCAAUUCGCUAUUCUCAUCUUUCGGCAACUUCGCCGCCGGGGUCGGGAACGUGAACAGCAGCGGCAGCAACAUUCUCACCCCGCUGACGAACACCCCCGGAACCGGCACCAGUGCGAGUACCAGCACGGAUAUGUUCCAACAGCCGCAGAUUCAGAACUGUACCUGCCACGCGGGGGUUAUGGAGCAGCUCGCGUGCAUGUCUCAGCCAGCCCGCAACGAGGAGAGAAGAUUAUCGCUGGAUGUACAACUCUCACAGCUGAAGCGGUGCAUUAUAGCCUCCGAAGCGUCUAUGGGCUGCAGUCACCAUGGGAAUGGGGAUACUGAGCCGAUUAACAUCAUUACUGUAGCUGUGCUGGUUGGGCGUGUGAUCGACGAGUUUGAAUUAAUGCUCAACGAGCGGAUAGGCCGCGGAUCAGCAAUAGGGCGAGGCAGAAGUCUGUCUUUGGAUGAAGUAACAAUCAGCAUCAGAGAGCCCAGGCUGUCAUGGGGUGUUUUAGAACUGGAGGACGACGAUGAGUUCGAACUAAGACAGCGGCUGUAUCUGCUGUAUUUCCGCAAACUUGAGCGCUUGCUCGGUCAGUUAAAUGUGUUUGUUCGGACAUUGCAUGAUGCAAGAGGUGGGGGCGGGACUUGCAGUACCACGUUCGUCAUGGCAUGUGAAUAUAUCCAUCUGUGGCUGGAGAAGAAAGCUGAGGGCGUCAAGAGGUUGUUUUCCGCUGCUGAUGAAUGUACGGGCAGGAUUCCCGGUUAG